AAAGGAUUGCAAGCACUCAGCGCAUUUAAAACCCCCUGCAAAGCACUGGGGGUGUUACAGUGCGAAUUUGACUCUGACUGAGUAAAAGUUAGCCCGGGAUUUUCUUGUGGACAGUAGGACAGAUACACAACAGCAUGGCAAACAAAGGACAACAGCCUCCCUACCUUCACUUGGCAGAGAUGACCGCAUCCCAGUUCCUGGAGAUCUGGAAACAUUUUGAUGCAGACGGAAAUGGCUACAUUGAGGGUAAGGAGCUUGAAAACUUCUUUAGUCAGCUGGAGAUUGCACGGAGAGGGGCUGGUGUGGACCCCUCAAAUGCAGCCUUUAAAGAGAAGAUGACAGAGUUCAUGCAUAAAUUCGACAAGAACAAAGACGGGAGAAUUGAGAUGUCUGAGCUGGCUCAGAUCUUGCCCACAGAAGAGAACUUUCUCCUCUGCUUCAGACAGUUUGUGGGAUCCAGCACUGAAUUCAUGGCUGCCUGGCGAAAAUAUGACACAGACCGCAGCGGCUUCAUUGAGGCUAAUGAACUUAAGGGCUUCCUCUCUGACCUGCUUAAAAAGGCAAACAGACACUACGAUGACCAAAAAUUGCAUGAAUACACACAAACAAUACUCAAGAUGUUUGAUCUGAAUGGCGAUGGGAAAUUAGGUCUGUCUGAAAUGGCGAGGCUUCUGCCGGUUCAGGAGAAUUUCUUGUUGAAGUUUCAAGGCGUCAGGCUGACUGCUGAGCAGUUCAACGCCAUCUUUGCAUACUAUGAUAAGGUAAUGUAA